GUCAGAGGUCACCGCUCCAAAACAACAUGGCGGCUUCCGGUAAAGCUACGUUGGUGCUGAAGACUGUGAAGACAAUAGCGGUUCAGUUUUGUCCCUUUGAGUCCAAUGUCCGGUCCACACGGGAGUUUCUGGCCUUGGUCAGCUCUGAUAAGGUCCGAUCUACCAACAUGAACUGUGAGGUGACGUGGACGGUGAAACACGACAAGUCUGAACCUGUCAUCGAUGUAACUUACGCUGAUGGAGAGAAGCUGCUGAUGAAGGGAGCGCAUCUGACCUGCCAGGAGAUGAAGAGUGCAUUUGUGUCCCGCUGCGAAGAAAAGAACCCGCAGAUUAAAUCUGCAGCAGCUAAAUGAUCAUUCCUGUAUGAAUAUGUUCUUAUUUAUCUGU